AUGAAUAUUCAGAGCUGUGAGCAGGUUUCAAAUGAUGACAACUCUAAAAAAAACUAAUAUCUUAGGCUUUUUUUAAUUAUUUUAACUAUUGGAAUAAACUCAACAAUUUACACAAGCAUACCAUUUUUGUUUUAUUAGUCUUCUCUUGAAUGCUAUGAUAAAGAAAAAGGUUUUAAAUAUUAAUGUACAACUAAUGAAGCAUGCGAUGUAGGUAGCUAUGUAAUAAGUAAUCAAUAAACAUAUCCCUAAAUAUUUAGCAUUACCGAUGAACUGAGUUUAAUUUGCGAUAGAUCAGUUUUUGAAGCUUAUGUACUAACUUCUGGGACUGUAGGAAGAGUAUUUGCAAAUAUCGCUUUAAUCUUUUAUCCAGUUUAAAAAGAAAAUAAAGAAUUAUUUAUGAAUUUAAUUACUCUUUUAAUAGGUAUUACUUUAUGCUCACUUUAAUGGUUUUACAGUUUAGGCAUGCUUAUAAUUAGCUUUUUUACUUGGUAUUUUUGCACCUGCUUAGUAAAUGGAAUAAUAUUUAUAUAUAUGUAGGAACUCUUACCUGAAAACUAUGCAAAUUAUUCAGUCAGUUUUACUAGCUUUGGUUGGUUUUUGGGUAUAUUUUCAUAUAUUAUAUUUGUAUAUUUCUUUGGUCAUUGGAAAAAUACUCUUGUCCAUUUUAUAGGGCUUCCUUGUAUAAUCAUUUCUAGUUUUAAUUUGCUCUUAUUACUGCUAUACCCAAUCAACUAAAAUAGCGAAUACCAAGCUUAUAGCUAGCUUUAAAAUGAAGAUAUUACAAAUUUAUCAAUUCAACAACAAUGCUCAUAAGUUAAUGAUUAUCUAUCUGAUAAUAGUAGAUUAAAUACUUAGAGAAUAAUAGAUGAGUAAGAAGAUAACAUAAUUGAAUAAUAACCUUAUUUUGAACCAAAGCUAUAAAAUAGUAACUAAGAGAACUUAUUAGAUAUUCAGCAAAAAGAUAUAAAUUUAUAAUCAAUUGAAUAACUAUCAGAUGAAAAAGAAUCUUUAAUUAAUAAAUAAAUAGAUUAAGAUACCGUUUUUACUGAAUAAUUGCUGUAAUAAAAAACAAAUUUUAAUGAAAGUUAAUUGCAUAUAGUAAAUGAUAAUAAAAUAUAAAAAUAUCUUCCAUUUAUGCUUUAUAAAGAAUUAAGAACUAAUUUUUAUGUUUGGACUUUUUGCUAUGUUUGUAUUGGAGUUAACAAUGCUUGUUGUUAUUACUUUUUAAAUUAAAUUCAAGGUGACAUUUACUUAAAAUCUCUAUUUUCAGCAAUAUUUGAAGCAUUUGCUUCAUUUGUUGCCACUUUUCUUGUUAUGGCUUUUAAGGACAGUCUCAAGAUUGUAACUACUUUUAUUUUCUUGCUAACUGGAUUAGCUUUCUUAGCUUGCAUUUUCUCUUACAAUCCAGAAAAUAAAAUGUAAUUAAAUUAAAAAGAAGACUACUUCAACAUACUUUUGGCUUUGCUACCAAUAAUUAUUGCUAAAAUUAAUUUUGACAUUGGUUGGAUAAUUUUAAUAACCUAUUAAAGAUAGCUAAUACCUUUAAGAUUUUAGUAACAGCAAUUUUCAACUACAAACUUGAUAAAUGCUUUUUCUAUCAGCUGUAUUCCUUUUUACAGAUAUAUCUGUUUGAAUUAUAACUAAAAUCCCUUUACUGGUUUGGGUAUUUUAAGUCUUUUAGCCUCUGCAACUACAUAUUUUUUACAAGAAAUAAAACAAGAUAACUAUGCUGAAUUUUAGAUAUAUGUAUAGACCUAAUCAAAUUUGGCAGAAGAAAGGGAAAAUGACAAUGAUAAUUCUUGA